AUGACUGCCAACGACAAUAGUUCCAGCGACAUGCCGGCUUCACCUAUCGUCGAUAAGGAAGUUCCUGCUCACAUCGAGCAAAUCAACACCAAUGAAAGGGUCCCAGGCCAUCCUGGCUAUUAUGAGAAAGACGGUCUGCGGACAUAUGGCGAUGAUGAGGAUCACGACCAUGAGCCUCCUAUGACCGUUCCAAGAGCUCUGAGUCUGGUGGCCAUGGCUUUUCUCUGGACUGGUUCCCAGAUUCCAGUUUAUAUUCUCGGCGGAAUACCACCAUACAUCUAUGCCGAUAUAGGUGGUGUCGAUCGCUGGAUUUGGUUUGUCCUGGCUUACCUGCUGGCUUUGGCGGCCAUGUGUCCCUUUGUUGGCUCGAUAUCCGAUCUCAUUGGGAGACGAUGGGUCGCUUUGGGAGGUUCUGCGUUGCUUGUCGUAGCCAUGAUAAUCUGCGGCACCGCAAAGUCCAUGGAGGUCUUUAUCGUCGGUAUGACCUUUUCUGGAGUCGGCGCUGGUAUCUGCGAGCUCACAUCCCUGGCUGUCACUGCUGAGCUUGCCCCAACUCGCAAACGAGGAAAAUAUGUUGCGAUCCUCGUCUUCACCAUUAUUCCUUUCUGUCCAUCCGUUCUCUGGGCUCAACUGAUUGCCAGCCAUGCUGGAUGGCGGUAUUGCACUCUUCUUUGCGGACUCUGGGCUUGUGUAGGGUUUGUCGGCACCCUGGCUUUCUACUUCCCGCCUCCUCGACCAAACUCUCGAGGGCUCACUCGGAAGGAAAUAAUCGGUGAAAUCGACUUUGUCGGCGGUGCCCUGUCCAUCUCCGGCAUGAUCCUCUUCUUGGCCGGCUUGCAAUGGGGAGGAUAUCAGUACCCAUGGCAUACCGCCCAUGUGCUCGCGCCUCUCAUCAUCGGCGGCUUCUUGCUCUUCAUCGCGUUUCCAUUUUGGGAAAUCAAGUUCGCCACAUUUCCCAUGUUUCCAUCGCGAAUGAGGCAGGAAGCAAGGAUUCUCACGCUUACCUUAAUCAUUACGGCCAUCUCUGGCGCCAAUUUCUUCUCGGUCAUCAUGUUCUGGCCCACCCAGGCUUUCAACGUCUACGGGCAUGACCCAGUUGGCGUGGGUCUUCGAGGCAUACCCAUCGGUUUCAGUAUCCUUGCUGGAGCAUGCAUCGUCCUGUGGUUGUUGUCGGUCUUCCGCGGUCACAACCGUGAGUUGAUGAUCAUUUCCUCAGUUCUCAUGACAGCAGGCUGUGGCGCGCUCGCAGUCGGCCGUCGAGAUAAUCUGGAUACACUCUGGGGCCUCCUGGUUCUCGGAGGCCUCGGUAUUGGUGGCAUUGUCGUCCCUGCCUCCAUCAUGACCACCAUUAUUUGCCCAGACGACAUCAUUGCAACGGUGGCCGCCCUCACCCUGUCCAUUCGAGUCAUUGGUGGCUGCAUCGGUUAUACCGUAUACUAUAAUGUCUUCCUCAACAAGUUCGUUCCUAACGCCACAAAAUACAUCGGAGGAACCAUGGCAUUGGAGCUAGGCAUCACCAAUGUCACCUACAUCACCGAGGCCAUUGAGUACACGGCAGGGAGUUUGUUGCCGCUCCUCAAGACCAUCCCUGGAAUCGGCGGCAACGAGACUGCCUAUGAAAUGGUGGUCAUUGCCGGUCAAACUGCUUAUGCCGAGAGUUAUAAGUAUGUGUACCUGACCAGCAUCGCUUUUGGUUCAGUCAGUAUUUUGGCUAGCGUGUUUCUGGGAAACAUCGACAAGUAUAUGGAUGACCACGUCGCUGUGGUUAUGCACUAG